AUGUUUCCAAAGGGCACCAAACGCAAGUUCUUUGACUCAGCAGAGGAGGCGGCGGUGACGCAAGCGGUGAGCGGUCCCGGCGAACGUGGCCCGACCGGCGGUGCCCGGACGCCGUCGCCCUCGUACAGCCUCCAGCGGCAGUCUCUUCUGGACAUGUCGCUGAUUAAAUUGCAACUGUGCCACAUGCUGGUGGAGCCCAACCUGUGCCGCUCGGUGCUCAUCGCCAACACGGUGCGACAAAUCCAGGAGGAGAUGACGCAGGACGGCACCUGGCAGAUUAUGACGCAGGCGUUGGCCGCCGCCCAGUGCCCCGCCGACCGCCUGGUGGCCACCGAGGUGCUGUGCCGACAGUCGGACCCCUCGGCGGCGGCGGGGCAGAGUCCCAAGCCCUAUCCUCUGGCGGGCGGCCCGGAAGAGGUGGCGAUGGAAGCGGCGGAUGCCCGCAAGGAGGUCCCGCCCGUGCCGUCCUACCCCCCGGCACCCUUCGGCGAGACGGGCCCCCGCUGGGAGGAGCACGAGGACGACUGUGAGGACGAGGAGGACGAGUCGGAGGGUGAGGACGAGCGCCCCGAGGGGGAGCGGGUCUUCGGCACCUUCGAGAUCAAGCAGCCGCCGUUGCCGCCCCCGCCGGACCCGGCGUUGGAGGAGCUCUUCUCGGAUGUGGACCCGUCCUACUACGAGCUGGACACGGUGCUGACGGGCAUGCAGAGCGCCCCCAAGAUGGGACCUUAUGACCUGCUGGAGAGCCUGUCCUCCCACGGGCCGCCGCCCCUCAGCCCCAGCGCCAGCUGUCGCUCGGACCUCAACGAACUGGACCACAUCAUGGAAAUAAUUGUGGGCUCCUGA